UCCCCACAGCAAAUGGGAGCGCCUUUCAGGGACUUCCUCAUACCUGCCUCUUCUUUUAUUGCUUCCAUGCUUCACCUAACAACAAACGGGUUGGAUUGCUGCGAAGCAACGGCGUUAAUUCAGAUUGCCUCCAAAAACUCGAUGAAGGCCGCCUUUUGCUGCAGGGCGUUGCUCCUGCUCGUCCUUGUGCCCGGUUGCUGUCAGGGUGGCAACAUCUUGGUCAUUCCCACUGAAGGAAGCCACUGGAUAAACAUGGAAAUUCUUCUCAAAGCACUGCACUCCAGGGGACACAAUGUCACCAUUGCGUGCUCCAGCAAAAGCUGGUACAUAAAGGAGAACUCCUUAUAUUACAGCACUUUCACAGUUCCAAUGGAAAAGAGCUUAAUAGAUAAGGAUGUUUUACAAAAGCUCCUUUCUGAGUUCAUAAGAUUGGAACGGGGGACUUUACCUAUCACCAGUUUCCUCCAGAUGACGCUAGGCUUGUUCAGCAAACUUGUUGAAGUUCACAGUGCUGUUAGCGCAUUUGUGCCAGCCCUGCUGGAUGAUGCAGAGCUGAUGAGGAAACUGAAUGAGACCAAGUUUGAUCUGGUUCUCACUGACCCCUGCUGGGGUAAUGGAGCCAUAUUGGCCAAAUAUAUGAACCUCCCUUUGGUUUAUAACGUUCGGUGGUUAAUGCCUGAAGAAGCUCAUUUUGCCAUCGCUCCUUCACCAAUAUCCUACAUACCUGUCACAGGAUCCGGCCACACUGAUAAAAUGACCUUUUUUCAGAGAAUUAAAAACAUAAUUUUGUAUGUGAUGACUAACCUUCAAAGCAGGUUUGUGACUAAGCAAGUGUACCAGCCACUUUGUGAGAAAUAUCUCGGACCUGAUUGUGACUUUGAUCUGAUAAAGACUGAUGCAGACGUCUGGCUGAUGAGGACCGACUUUGUGUUCGACUACCCACGUCCCACAAUGCCCAAUGUUGUGUACAUGGGAGGGUUCCACUGUAAACCUGCCGAACCCCUUCCUGACCAUAUGGAGGAGUUUGUGCAGAGUUCUGGAGAGCACGGAGUCAUUAUCAUGUCUCUCUCAACAUUUGUAAAUCAACUUCCAGACGACCUGGCAGACGGGAUCGCCGCAUCUUUCGCCAAGUUGCCCCAGAAAGUCAUCUGGAGCUAUAGAGGAACCAAACCGUCCACUCUGGGUAACAACACUUUGGUGGUUGACUGGAUGCCACAGAAAGACCUUUUAGGGCAUCCUAAGAUAAAGCUGUUUGUGGCUCAUGGAGGGACUAACGGGGUCCAGGAAGCCUUGUGUCAUGGAGUCCCAGUCGUGGGUUUUCCCCUUGUUUUUGACCAAUAUGACAAUCUGCUCCGUUUGCAGGAGAAAGGAGGUGCUAAAAUUCUUACUCUGAAUUUAAUGGAAAGCGGUGACUACUUCCUAAAUGCUUUGCAAGAGGUGUUGAACGAACCCUCCUACAGGCUGAACAUGCAGAGACUCUCCAGCCUGCACAGGGAUCAGCCGAUGAAGCCGAUCGAAACCGCCCUCUUCUGGAUAGAGUACGUCAUGCGGCACAAAGGCGCUGCUCACCUGAAAGCCCAGUCCUACAGAAUGCCCUGGUACGUCUACCACUCUGUAGACGUGGCCCUCUUCCUGACAGGAGCAGUUCUGCUCAUGCUUCUGGCUGCUGUCAUGUUCAUCAGGUGUUUAUGGAAGUCUGUGUGUGGACGUAAAGUCAAAUCUGACUAAUGAUUCAGGAGAUGUGCGUUAUGUAUACAGGUCUAUUCUAGAGUAUACAGGUAUUCUGGUUUACAGUUUGAAUUGGGGAGCUGUUGUAAUAUAUUAUUAGUAAAAUUAAUGGGAAGAUUUUAUUAUCUAUUCAUUAAGAAUUUAUAAUAUUAUUAUAAUUUUUUUGUUUAGGAUCUAAAAUCUGUACCAUACUUGUGAUUGGUAGAACAUCUGAAUCUAUGGCAGAAAGAAAUUAUACAAGGGUUCAUCAUGUGUGGAAAUCAAAACUAUCUGAGAAUGACAUCAUAUCAAAUUUGACCAUGUUUCAUUUACAGGGUUGCAGAUGAAUGGGAUUCAUAAAUUGUUUAAAUCAGGGAAUAUGCUAACUACAGUUACCAAAACAAACUAAAUUAUGCCCAGUAUUUCUUUAUAUUGUAUGUACUUAUCACUAAUAAGUGCUCCAAAAGCAUCUAAAGACAAUUACAAGGUCGGCUUUCUAUCACCUGAGGAACAUUUCCAGGAUUAAAAGACUA